AUGUGCACAGCAACUGGGGGCAAUGGGCGCGAUCGGCAGGGGUGGCCCCAGUCAACGACGCCAAGAAGGAGCGCAUGGGGAGCUACCGGUACUAUGAUCUGGCUAUGCAGCAGAAGGGAGCCAAGCAAUACAUCCGGCUCCUUGAGUGAAGCCUCUUCAAGCCAAUGCAGCAUAUGUCGGCGGUUUGUUACACCCAAGUUUGGGGAUGGUCCCAUUCCAUCUUCCAGCCCAAGCCUGCAGUGCUUCCAUUCGUGCUUCGUAUCCAUGGAUAUCUAUGGCACGAGUUGUUUAGCAGAGAGAUGUUUAGGCGCGCUUCUCAUUUUGAGAGCUGGUUGCGACCUUCCGGCUGUGCAAUCAGCUGAUGUCAAUCGGUGA